AUGGGGACAUUGGUAUAUGACCUCAGCGAACCCGGCCCAAGGCCGUGUGUCUUUGUAUCCAAAGGGCACCACGCCCUAAAGCUAAGCAGAUUCUGCAGCAGGGACCUUGCAGUGGCCUCGGUUAGGUUAAGGUUAGGAGGUGGGCUGACCGACCUUAUCGUCUGUUCAGCGUACUUCUCCUACGACUCGGCCGAACAUUCGCCUACAGAGAAACUGAGAGCCGUGAUGGAACACUGCCGCAGAGAAGGGCUGGACCUUGUGAUCGGGUGCGACGCUAACUCGCACCACGUCGCAUGGGGCAGCUCAAAUACAAAUAAGAGAGGGACAGCUUUGCUGGAAUACCUCUCGUCGUCGAAUCUGGAGAUCCUCAUUAGGGGAUCCAGACCAACUUUCGUCACCUCGAGGAGACAAGAGGUGAUCGACUUAACACAGGGCACCUCCAGGGUGGCUCGGUUGCUUGAGGAGUGGCGAGUGGACGAUAAGGAUUCACUCUCGGAUCAUCGCCGCAUCCUCUUCAAGCUCAGGACUGAGAUGGCACAGCCUGUUGUCAGGACCUACCGAGACCCAAGGGCCACUGACUGGGCUCUCUACAAGAGGGACCUUAAAGGCAGGCUCGGGGAAAUAAGACUGAGGGUGAAAUUCUGCUCUGAAGUUGAGGCCCUUCCUCUAGUGGCCAAACUUCGCAGAGUCCUCGCCAAUGGCCCACAACCAAGCCUCGGUGGACUCUCUCUCCCGAACGGAGAGCAGCUUGAGAAACACAAGGACAUUCUUGCCCACCUACUGGAGGUACACUUCCCGGGAUCUGAUCAGGUCGAGCAUAACCCCUUGAUUCAGGGGGAGCUCCGCGCCACGAGACCCGGUGACUGGACCACUGCUGCAGCAGUGGUAACGUAUGGCAGGAUUCGCUGGGCUCUGGACUCGUUCGACGGGUACAAGAGCCCGGGGACUGACGGGCUCUUCCCCGCCCUUCUUCAGAAUGGAGGGGAUGGGCUAGUCAAGCAUCUGAUCUGUGUCUUUAGAGCGUGUCUCGCCUUGAGAUACGUACCUAAGCCAUGGCGGGAGGUCAAAAUAGUCUUUAUCCUAAAAACGGGAAAAGACAAAUAUGACCAAGCCAAGGCUUUUAGGCCCAUCAGCUUGACGUCUUUCCUGCUGAAAACGCUGGAGAGACUCGUUGAUAGGUUUAUAAGAGAUGCAGCGCUAGCGAGGAUGCCGGUGCAGUCAUCGCAACACGUUUACCAAGCAGGUAAGUCUGUCGAGACGGCUCUUCAUGGCCUCGUUUGCGAGAUCGAAGGUGCCCUCGACAGGAAAGAAUCCAUGUUAUGUGUCUUUUUAGACGUCGAGGGGGCGUUCGAUAACACCUCCUUCAAAGCUAUAUGCGGGGCAGCGAACGAUUUCCACAUCGACGACAUUCUCGUCCAGUGA